CGACUCUUGUUAUUCCACUCUCUGGUUUGCGGCAUUUCGCUUUUCCAGAAACCCGCGAUUUUGCUCGUCUUUUUUCGCUUAAAAUAGUUGAAAUAAAGUGAUUUAGUGCGGCUAAAGUGGUUUAGUUCGAUCGGUGGACGUUGCGCGCAUCGAUUGGGCGUGAUUUGGGGUGAACUUGGCCGGUUUUUGACGCGGGGAGAGGUGAAAGUUUGGGUUUUGGCUUUUUCUGUUGGAUGCUGGCGGAGAAGAAAAAUGGCCGAUGGCGUGGAUAUUGAUUUGUAUGCGGACGAUUUAGAGCAGGAUUUUGCACAAACUAACGAUGAAUUUGGUGGCGAGGGUGGAGAUUUGUACGACGAUGUGAUUACGCCGUCCGGCGACCAUGGCCGAAACAAUUCCGGAAGAGGACCGUCGAUGGACCGGUUGGAUGGGUCGGACCGGAAUGGGGACUACCAUCAUCAUGGAUCUGGGUCGAUGAACCACAUCGCCCGGAGGCACCAGCUUUACAUCGGGAAUCUGUCCUGGUGGACGACGGAUCAGGACAUUGCGGACGUGAUUGGUGACGUGGGCGUGAAUGACUUCCAGGAGGUCAAGUUCUUCGAGAACCGUGCCAACGGACAGUCCAAAGGUUUUUGCGUGGUUUCGCUGGGCUCGGAGAAUAGCAUGCGCUACGUGAUGGAGCGACUUCCGAAGAAGGAACUUCACGGCCAAAAUCCGGUCGUGACGCUGCCCACGAAACAAGCGUUGAACCAGUUUGAAAGUCAGCAGAAAACGAGACCGACUCCACCGGCCCAAAGUGGCGGCCAAUCGAACGGACCGCGACCUCCGGCACCGGGCAUGGGCGGAAUGGGACCGGGCCCGGGUGGACCACACGGCGGACCAGGCGGCCCGAACGGACCUCCGGGACCACCCCGUAUGUUGAUGGGUGGCCCCGGCGGAAUGCCACCGGGAAUGCGACCCCCGCACAAUCAUCCGAUGCCCGGACCGAUGCACAUGCAAGGACCACCGGGACCGGGAGGCCCUCCACGACCACAGGGCCCUCCGAUGCAUCACGGAAAUGGGCCCCCACAGCAAGGUCCUCCCCGUCCCUUCCAGGGUGGGCAAGGCCAGUGGAACGGACCACCGCGUAUGAACGGUCCGCCUGGACGGCCCGGGGGAGGACCGGGUGGUCCGGGGCCCGGUAUGCCUCACAGACCGCAAAUGGUAAAUAGUCACCACCCAUCACAUCAGAGAUCACAAGGUCACAGGUUCAUGGAUUAUCCGCCGUCCGGAGGACCACGACCCGACUGGAAUGGACCGCCGAUGCACAGAGGACCAGGUGGCUUCCCACCGGGACCGCCCGGACCGAGACAGGGACCCCCCGGUCACAUGCAGGGCGGCCCGAACCGCGGCCCACCCAUGGGUGGCCCCGGACAGGGUCCGGCUCCGCACGUGAAUCCGGCCUUCUUCAACCAGGGCGGCAACCCCGGCAGUCACCCGAACGGUGGACCCCCGGGCCCGCAUGGCCCGUCCUCCGGCCAGGGCCCACCGCCGCACUUUAACCCCCAGGGCGGAGCGGCACCCCGUGGACCGUGGCCCGGACCGGGUGGGAAACCGCCGGGUGGUCCGUUCCCCGAGCACAGCAUAACACCCCAGCUGAGUGAGGCCGAGUUCGAGGAGAUUAUGACGAGGAACCGCACCGUUAGCAGUUCCGCUAUUGCAAGAGCCGUGUCGGAUGCCGCGGCUGGGGAGUACGCGAGUGCGAUUGAAACGCUUGCGACGGCCAUCUCGUUGAUCAAGCAGUCUAAGGUGGCGCACGACGAACGGUGCAAGAUUCUGAUUAGUUCGCUGCAGGACACGUUGCACGGCAUUGAGACGAAGAGUUACAGCCGUCGGGAGCGGUCCAGGUCGCGGGAUAGGUCAUCGCAUCCGCGGUCCAGAUCGAGACGGGAGAGAUCCAGCUCGCGUGGAUAUCGUGAGCGUUCGAGGGAGAGAGAUCGCGGAGAUAGAGAGCGCGAUCGCGAGAGGGACGGCUCCCGCCGGUCCCGCCCCCGCAACAAGACCCCCGAGCACCAGGCCGCGGCCGACACCUCGGCGGACAACUCGAAGCGAAGCUACUACAACGACGAUCGCUACAGAUCGUCGGACCGCGAGCGCGAGCGUGACCGCGACCGGGAACGCCGCGAGGAGCACCGCUCGCGCCACUAAAUUGACCCUGACUUGACUUUUUACGCGGUCCAUCGUCCUCCGGGGUUUGGAGCUGAUGGGGGAAUCGGAGGAGGUGGACCAAGCAACCGCUCGUCGUAUCUGUAGCAACUAGGGAAAAUGUUAGCGUAAUGAGAGAUGAUGGUGAUGAUGAUUCUACUACCCAAAUUUGAAUUCGGAAACAGUACUGACUUCUACUGAGAGUACUCUUAACUACUAAUUCCGCAGUGUCCGCGAGGGAGGUUUUGUACCCAACAGCGACUGGGUAUCAUCGGAGCGGUCAAUUGUAGAGUUGGAAGCAGCAGGAUUAAGCAAAAAUACCCUUCAUAAUAACCCCCUCUCUCUUCAUAAACAUGAAUGAAUAUCACUCAAAAGUAGAUGUUGCAAAUUUCCACUGGAAAGUAUAAAGUAAAAUUCUCCAACUAACAAAUGCGAGGCGUGCGCGCGCGCGGAUGGCAUCGUUGAGCAGCAGAAGCGAGAUCCUGACCACGACCGCCGUGGGAUGAGGCAGUUCAGCGUUUGCAGAAGCAGCAGCACCAGCAAAUAAAUGAAGAUUGUAUUCGAUUUAUUGAUUAAACUAAUUACAUUGAUAACCAAAAAAAAAAAAGAAAGUAAAACCC